CUCGAUUCAGUUUGUUCUUAAUGUGAAUAAAGUUUAAUUAUACUGUGAAUGUUUAGGUGGCUCCAAAAAUUAAAGUGCUAAUAAUAAAUAUUAACACGAAGUACAGAAUACGCACUGAAUAUCAAAUCAAUUGUUUUAGAAAAGAUUUCAGAUCUGUGUUCGAUAAGGUAAUUCAAUACUAGAAGAAAAUGUCUGGUUUACAGUCUUUUAUGGAAAAAAAUCCUGCAAUUUAUUAUAAAGUAAAUAUAGCAACUGAAAUUGAAAACUGCCGAAGAACUACCGAAAGGAGACCACUCAUAGUGAUCGAUGGAAGUUGCUCUAGACAAAUAUUUGGAGAGACUGACCAAAAAAAAUUUUUGACAGGAGGUCAAUACAAAUUGUAUAAGCAAAAAGCUGGUGAAUUCAUAGAAUUUUUGCAAAGGUUUGAUGUGGAAUUAGUUGCAUUUUUUGAUGGAUGCAACAUAGAUGAUAUGCAGGAUAGAUGGGUAGCUCGAAAAAGGUCUGAUAUCAUGGCUAUUUAUGAAAUCUUCGAUACUUUAGAUGAUAAUGGUUUGGAAUAUGUUAAUGAAUAUAAUAUAAAGCCAGCUUGUAACAUCGGUGAGGUCAUAAUGUGUAGCUUCCAAAAUAAAUGUAAUGUUAUUAGAUCCACAUUUGAAGAAUGUGACUCAGAAAUCAUAACAUAUGCAAAAGAAAAUAACGCUCUGGCAGUAUUUUCACAGGAUGUUGAUUUUGCAGUUGCACAAGCUGAUUUUGCAUACUGGUCUUAUAAAGACCUGAACUAUGAAGAGCAAAGUACACAUGUUUAUGAUGGCAGAAUGUUAGCUGAAGCUUUAGAUUUACAAGUGGAACAAUUGCCUUUGCUACGAACAAUGAUUGGAAAUGAUUAUGUAUUGAGUACAAAUUUGCAAAGAUGGUUCAGACGACUUAAUGUUCGUGAAUAUCCAAAUUCCAGUUUUAAUAAUCGUGAAAAGAUUUGCAAAGUAGCACGACACUUGCGGAACUUCAAUAAUUCUAUCGAUAGUUAUAGGCGUUUAGCAAACCAAGCAUUUGGCAGUCAAGAUCAAUUUCAGAACAUAAAAUUGUCUGUGGAAUCCUAUAUGGGCAUUAGACGAGAAAAAGUUACUAGUUUGUCCAAUGAUAUCAGAUGGAACGAUUUAUUAAUGCAAGUUGUUAAUCUUGUACAAGAUCCACAUUCCAAUUUGUCUCCCAUGGUUUUUGACAUUUUAUACAAACAAGUGUUUAUGUCAAAUAUGCUUUACGAAGAUUUUAGAAAACACGAUAUUCCACCAUCGGAGAUUCUUUGGAGACCAAUAAGAGCUAAAAUAUAUGGAAUUUUAUUAUUGGACUUUUGUUCUACAAAUGGCAAAAAGGUUGUUAAAGAGUGGGUUUGCCACGGGGGAGAUAUAUCCAUACCUCAUUUUGUUGAAGCAGUCGAACCAAGUUGCAGUCUAAAUAACUAUAAACUACAAGAUUUUUGGGCAGAAGAUAAAGAUGAGGACUUGAUUGAUAUAGCUUGGAAAUUAUUUUGCGAUGCAAUACAUGAAAAACUUCCUGUAAAAGCAGUGCAAAGUAUUAAUGAAAAGAUAAUGGCAACAACUUUAAUUGUGUUAUUCAUGAAUAAUAAAUGUCAAAUGACUAAAGAUGAAAUAGAUGCUUUCUUGAUGAUGAGUGCGUUAUGCAGCACAAGAGAUGAUGUAACUGGAUACUCUAAAGAUUGGAACAAUAUAAUUAAUACACGAUUGCUACGUCUAUCAACAGUUUUCUUAAGAGGCCUUAGCACAAUUUGCUUUUUCUUUGAAAGUACAUGCUUUUUAAUACCAAAAGAAACUAUAUCGGAGUGGAAUGUCUUUGAUGGAGCUUUAUUACAAUAUUUGUAUGAAUCACCUAUAAGUGAACACCUUGUUGAUGAUGAAAUAAAGCAGUUAUUCCGUAGUUCUAGAAAUUUUAUUGAUGAGUAUAAGAACUUGUUUUAGUUCUACAUGUAGAGUUCAUUCAUCUAUUUUCAAUAUAUAUUAAUGUAUUAAUAUGUAGUAUACAUGCACAAACAAUAUUAUACAUUUGU